AUGGAGUUUGUGAACUCAUGGGCUGAAACUGCAAGAGGAUUACCCUUCACUGUCCCUCCAUUCCUAGACAGAUCCAUAUUAAGAUCUAGACAACCUCCCAAGAUCGAGUUCAACCACAAUGAAUUCAAAGAGAUCGAUGAUGUAUCCAACAUGGUAACCCUCUUUCAAGAAGAGCAAAUCCUUUACAGAUCCUUCCUUUUUGACCCUGAGAAGCUAACCCAUUUGAAGAAAAUGGCCAUGGAGGAUGGGACCAUAAAGAGCUGCACUAGUUUUACAGCUCUCACAGCUUUGGUGUGGAGAGCCAGAAGUAAGGCUCUUAAGAUGAAACCAGACCAACAAACUAAGCUUCUCUUUGCGGUAGAUGGAAGAUCAAAGCUAAAUCCACCACUGCCAAAGGGAUACUUUGGUAAUGGGAUUGUUCUCACAUGUUGUCUUUGCACUGCUGGGGAGUUGAUUGAGAAGCCAUUAUCCUUUGCAGUUCUAUAUUAG